UCGGCGCCUUUCCCAGCUCUGCGCGCAAGUGGGGUGGGGGGAGACGCAAGAGCCGCUCCCUCCGCCAGCCCAGCCGCUCUGGAGGAGCCGCUGCCACCACAGCAAACCUCUCUCCACUCAUGUCCUGAGUUUGCUACACCUGCCUGCCCCUCUGCUCCAGGCCAUCUGGGGAUUGGGCAGCCCAGGUUUUUUGCCCAGGAAGAACCAUGCCCUUGGGAAAGGCUGAGCCCAGCUGGAAGAAACGAGCUGAAGAUAUCCGGGAGAUCUAUGACUUCCGGGAAGUGCUGGGCACGGGUGCCUUCUCAGAAGUGGUGCUGGCUGAAGAGAAGUCAACCCAGAAGCUGGUGGCCAUCAAGUGCAUUGCCAAGAAGGUGCUGGAAGGGAAGGAGAGCAGCAUUGAGAAUGAGAUCGCUGUGCUACACAAGAUCAAGCACCCCAACAUCGUGGCUCUGGAUGACAUCUAUGAGAGUGGGGGACAUCUCUACCUCAUCAUGCAGCUGGUCUCAGGCGGAGAACUUUUUGACCGGAUUGUGGAGAAGGGGUUUUAUACCGAGCGGGAUGCCAGCCAGCUCAUCCGACAGAUCCUCGACGCUGUCAAAUACCUGCAUGACAUGGGCAUCGUACACCGCGACCUCAAGCCCGAAAACCUGCUCUAUUACAGCCUGGAUGAAGACUCCAAGAUCAUGAUUAGUGACUUUGGGCUGUCAAAGAUAGAAGGCUCAGGCAGUGUCAUGUCUACAGCAUGUGGAACUCCUGGUUAUGUGGCUCCUGAGGUAUUGGCACAGAAGCCUUACAGCAAAGCUGUGGAUUGCUGGUCUAUCGGAGUCAUCGCCUACAUCUUAUUGUGUGGCUACCCCCCGUUUUACGAUGAGAAUGACACAAAGCUCUUUGAGCAGAUCCUGAAGGCCGAGUAUGAAUUUGAUUCGCCCUACUGGGAUGACAUCUCAGAAUCAGCCAAAGAUUUCAUUCAGCAUUUGAUGGAGAGGGACUCCAAGAAGCGCUUCACCUGUGAGCAGGCACUACAACACCCAUGGAUCGCUGGAGACACAGCAUUGGAUAAGAACAUCCACCAGUCAGUCAGCGAGCAGAUCAAAAAGAAUUUCGCCAAGAGCAAGUGGAAGCAAGCCUUCAAUGCAACUGCUGUGGUAAGGCAUAUGAGGAAGCUACAACUUGGAACCAGCCAAGAGGGGCAUAGUCAAGCCAUGCAGGAGAGCAAUGGUUCAGCUUCCGGGAGCAGUGAGGAAUCCUUGGGGAAUGGUUCUCACCGUCAGACUCAGGACUGAACGUUCCCCGGCGGACAGAGAAACAGACGGCAGUGCCAGCACCAGCCCACAGCUGGGUGGGCAGUUCCAAGCCCAGCUCUCUCCUGCUGCCACAAGUAGAGCCAGGGAAGGGUCUGGGACUUUCCACCACAUCAUCCCUCCCAGCAAAGUGUGGCUGAGCCCCACUGCAGGGGUCUGGAAGGCUACCCCUGUUAAGUCACACACGCCCGAAUCUGGAAGUGGGGGGCUGAUCAUAAACCACACGCUUCCCUGGAGAUGCUCCUCCCUCCCUUCACCACAGAAUGACCUACUGCUGGCCACAGCCGACAGGAUCUGUCGGUGCCCUGUGCUCACCCCUCAGCCUAAGCCAACAACGAUGUCGUCCUUCUCACCCCAUCCUGUGGAUGGCCAGAUCUUGGAAAGAAACACCCAGGACUGGGGGGCUUUGCAGCAGCUGCUCAAGGUAAAGGGGGAUCUCCACACAAUCGUGGAGGUUGAAGAUGCCAAAAAGAAAAAAAAGUGCUAGUCAAGUUUCCUUGUCAACCUACGUGCUCCAGACAACAAGCAAACCACAAUGGAGGAACAGAUACUCCCAAUGAAAGGGCCGGCAGAGCUUAAAAGGCGCUCCCGUUGACGCAAAUCACAUGCUACAGGGGGCAGUGAAGCUGCUUUGUUUACAGAGCGCGCGGCUGCUGUAGCUUGUAGCCGUUUGCAAGCUCCUCCAGGUAGGAGGGUUGCGCAUUUCUGCUGCCAAGAAAGCCGGAGCUAGACUGAAGGGACACGGCUUUGCUGGAACCAGCUGUGCCUCUUCCCAAGUCAUUUAGCUGUCAAAUGGUGAAGACAGGUAAUUUCUUUAAGAGUGGUGGCUUUUAUGUGCCCUCAGCCCACAUGUACAAUUUCUCUUCUAUCUUGGGGAGGGUGGCAAAUGGUUCUGCAGAGUUUCAGCGUGGUUCAGGCUGAACUCGGGGAGUGGAGGGAGGAAGCCAACUGCGGCAGGCACCUCAUGGCUAUUGGCCAUCUCCAGAGCAGUUUUGCAACUCUUUUUAAAACAUUUGUGAUUAUUAUUAUUAUUUGGUAAGGGGAAAAGUGAGCAUACAUCCAUAAACGCAUGUAUGUCUCUUUCAACUUUCUUUUUAAAAGUUGGGCAGCCCGCGUGAAAUAGAAAGGGAGGGCUAGACUGAGGCUUGGCACAUCUCCUCGGCAGGGGAAGCAAGUUGGCAACCCUGUGUUCAACUUGCUAGCCGGCAUGUUUCCGACGGCAGUUGCAAAGGCUUGAUCACACUUUGGGUGAAGAUCCCACUGACUUUGCUCUUAAAAAUCUUUGCCUGUCUUCACCCAGUCUUGCCCUGGCACCACCAGGAUUCUUCCUGUUGUCCGGCCUCCCCUUUGCUCACCUGCCUGAUCUUGAAGCCCACAGCUCCUCUUUUUGCUCUGUUGUCCUCUCCCACCACCCUCUUGGUUCAAGAGGAACUUUCUAACUUGAAGUUUCUAUUUUGUUGCUUGUUCUUGUAUUAAAAAGGAAGGAAGUGCA